AUGAUCGAUGUGGAUAUGGUUAUGGCUUCACUUGAGAAUGCUAUUGCAUCAACUGGUGGCUUUUGUGUGGGAAGGAGCUACGUUGUGGGGCACCAGCGACUCUCUGGUCUUGGAUACUGUUUCUCUGCCUCCCUGCCACCACUUCUUGCAACGGCGGCUUCUGAAGCUAUCAAGAUCAUCGAUGAACAACCAGAACGGGUCAAUCGUGUGCGAGAAAACGCUACUAAAGUUCAUAAGGCCUUGGAAAAAAUAUUUUCGGGAACUUUGUUUGCUCUUGUUGGCGCCGAAAUUUCACCUCUGAAACACCUUCAAUGGAAAGGAAAAAAAGAGCAGGCGGAAGAGGUUCUUGAUCAACUCGUUGACAAGUUGUUUGACAAUCAUUCUAUUCUUGUCACACGAGCACGCUAUUUGGUAAAGGAGGAAUGUUUCCCCGUGGAGUCAAGCAUCAAAGUCAUGGUUCAAUCGGAACUAACUGACGAGGAAAUGGAUCGAUUUGUGAACGCCGUCUCGGACAUUGUUCAAAACCUC